AUGGCCGAACCAACCGGCGCCAGUCGCCGCUCCUUGCAAAUGCCCGACCAGAUCCAUGCAUGGAGACACAAUAUAGGAGAGGCUUCAGGGCGAAUACUCCACAACAUUUUGGGAGAUGCUGAGAUCGAGCAGAUUGAACACUUCAAAUAUGAACAAAACUUGCAACGGAAAUUGACGGUUACAUCGGUGAUUGGUCUUGGAUUUUCACUCAUGGGGGUUCCGUUUGGGCUCUCGUCCACUCUAUGGAUCUCGUUGACGGAUGGUGGUAAUGUUACAUUACUUUAUGGAUGGAUAAUUGUGGUGUUUUUCUCGCUUUGUGUAGUGCUCAGCUUGAGUGAAAUUAUAUCGAAAUAUCCCACUUCGGGAGGUGUCUACCAUUUCAGUGCUAUCUUGGCAAACGAAAAGCACUCGCUCCGGUCGUCAUGGUUCACAGGGUGGCUUUUGCUUAUAGGAACCAUGACAUAUGCCGUGAGCAUUAUGUUUUCAGGAGCUCAAUUUAUCUUGUCGAUUUUUGGACUUAAAGACGCCUACUACAAGGAAAACGUAUUGUACGUGUUGUUGGUGUACAUGGGACUUCUCUUGGUAUGUGGACUCAUCAAUCGACAAUUUUCAGGUCAACUUGAAAGAAUCAACAAAUUGUGCAUUUUAUGGUCCAUUUAUACCGUUCUAGCAAUUGAUUUUUUGCUCAUAUUUUACGCCAAAAGGACCAAUUCUAUCAAGGAAAUUUUGACAAACUUCGAUAAUUCAAGGUCCGGAUGGCCAGAUCCAGUGGCAUUUAUGGUGGGGUUGCAAAGUUCUUCGUUCACACUCACCGGUUACGGUAUGCUCUUUUCCAUGACCGACGAAGUCAAAAAUCCUGAACGAAAUAUGCCCAAGGGUGCUAUAAGUGCCACGUUCUUAGCUGGAGUCAUGGGUAUUAUUUUUAUUAUUCCAAUCCUCACCAUUCUUCCCGAACUCACCCUACUUCUCGACAAGACACCUGAAGUGAUGCCGAUGGAUUUGGUGUUCAAAAUUGCUACAGAGUCAUACAUCAUCUCGUUUUUACUUGCCUUGUUGCUAGUUGGUACUCUGUUCUUCCAAGCAAUUGGUUCCUUGACCACAGCUUCUCGUGCAACCUAUGCCUUUGCCAGAGACGGCGGAUUACCAUUCAAACACUUGUGGGUUGAGGUUGAUGCCAUAGAAGAAAGCAUAGUGCCCAAGAAUGCCCUCUACCUCUCGAUGGUGGUAUGUGCUGCUUUGUCGCUAUUAGCACUAGUUUCAGCUUCUGCUUUUAACGCCUUCUUGGGUGCCUCGGUUAUCUGCUUGGCGCUUGCCAAUGGAGUUCCUAUAUUAUUAUCGAUGUUGAACGGCAGAAAAAGUAUCAAGGGAGGAGCGUUCCGGCUCUCGGUCUUUGGCUGGGCAAUCAAUGGGUUGUCGAUCUUUUGGAUUGCGUUUCUGACAGUUAUACUAUGCAUGCCUCCAGCGAUCAAACAUCUUACCUGGUUUUCCAUGAACUAUGCUCUGGUGGUUAUUGCCGCUUUCAUGGCUCUAGCGUCAAUUGGGUAUGCUACGUGGGGUUCCAAGAGUUUUACCGGGCCUCUGAUUGACACCGAUUACUUUGAACUACACAAUCUCAGCGCGAGAAAUAUGGUGAAUAACGAUGCCUUUGUCCCAGGGUCCGACGAAGACAAGGACGACGAAGACCAGGACGACACAUUUGUGCACGGUGGCCCCAGCGCAAAGAGCGAAGAGGAUGAAGACAACCAAAAUUUUCAAGUUUUGUCAGACGACACCGAUAACGAAGUACUAUUUGAACGAAGAUCAGAAGAUAUGGAAAACACAAAAUAA